UACUGUCGGAGUCGGAGACGCUAGAUGGCGCUCGAGGAUCGAUGAGGGAAUGUCGGCGAUUUUAAAAACCGAACUUCAAUAUAGAAAUUAAAUACAACUGUCCAUGGGAAAUGCUUUCGGUGCUUAAUACUUUGUUGUCUUAUACAUAUUUUUGUAUAAGACCAGUAAUUAAGUGGUUGUUACGUAAGACAACUAAACUUUGCGAAUUACAAAGAAUAUGUUACGGAGACGAAAAGGGUGCAAGGCGCACCCGUAACGUGGAAUGGUCGCUAAUGAUGUCUCGAAGUCACACGAUAAAAAAUGUGAUCAGUCAGUUGUCGUAUUUAUCCGAGACGGGAAGAUUUACGGGCCAGACGAGUAGAGAUGCCGUGGUUUAUGUGGUUGGCGUAAUUAGCGAAGUUAAAAAUAUUAAUACUUAUAUACAUAGACCUUUCGUUAGUUCUCUCCGUACGUGCCUAUUACAGAUUUAUGGAUAUCGUCAACUUAUUUAUGAAGUGGAGAACAUGAGAAAAAUACCAUAUUCAUCCGAUGAUAAUUCACAUGAAGAAAAAUUAUUGAAGGUUAGGAUAGCGAUAAUAUAUUUACAAACAAAAAAGGAGAGUGUAGUUUUGUUGAACGUCCGAAGAGGGGAGGUGUUACGCAUCACCGGACAUUACAGCGAAAGUCGGGUGCGGUUUUGGUUUCGGUUUCGGUUUUUCGAAAUCUUUAGGAACUUGUUUCAGUUUUUGAAUCCUCUUCGUACAAGAAAUAUUGUCAAAAACUUCAAUAUAGAAAUUAAAUACAACUGUCCAUGGGAAAUGCUUUCGGUGCUUAAUACUUUGUUGUCUUAUACAUAUUUUUGUAUAAGACCAGUAAUUAAGUGGUUGUUACGUAAGACAACUAAACUUUGCGAAUUACAAAGAAUAUGUUACGGAGACGAAAAGGGUGCAAGGCGCACCCGUAACGUGGAAUGGUCGCUAAUGAUGUCUCGAAGUCACACGAUAAAAAAUGUGAUCAGUCAGUUGUCGUAUUUAUCCGAGACGGGAAGAUUUACGGGCCAGACGAGUAGAGAUGCCGUGGUUUAUGUGGUUGGCGUAAUUAGCGAAGUUAAAAAUAUUAAUACUUAUAUACAUAGACCUUUCGUUAGUUCUCUCCGUACGUGCCUAUUACAGAUUUAUGGAUAUCGUCAACUUAUUUAUGAAGUGGAGAACAUGAGAAAAAUACCAUAUUCAUCCGAUGAUAAUUCACAUGAAGAAAAAUUAUUGAAGUUAUGGUCGGAAUUGCAACCAAAUAAUCCAUUGGUCAAUAGGAUUUCAAAACAGUGGGGCGAUAUAGGAUUUCAAGGAGACGACCCGAAGACCGAUUUCCGAGGCAUGGGUCUUCUAAGUCUGGAAAAUUUAUUGUUUUUUGCCAUGAAGCACAAUUCGGCUGCCAGGCACGUCCUCUCUCACUCCCAGCAUCCCACUUACGGAUAUCCGUUUGCAAUCACCGGUAUCAAUCUCACCAGCAUGACUUACCAACUGCUGAUAACGGACAAACUGAAAAAUCACAUAUACAAUACCGUUUUUAACAGAGCUAGUAUUACGGAUUUCCACCAGGCUUACUGCUACGUCUUCUACGAAUUUGAUAAAUUCUGGUUAAAGGAGAAACCUCAAGAUGUUAUGGAAUUCAACAGGAUCAGGGACAAAUUCGAAGAUCAUCUCCUGACAUAUUUGUCCAAAUACAAGGCGGCUUUAAAAUUAAACUUGGUCGUGGAAACUCUGUGAUGGAGUCGUCCCGUAGAAGCAAACUUUGCAGCGGGUAUUAAAUUAAGCUAACUCGAAUUUUAUGGUACGUAUUAAUUUCAAAAUCUCUGUAAAUAUUUUAUACAAACGCGUACAAUUUAAGCAUCGCGCGGUAAAUGAGACUAAUGUUAGAAUGGAUGUAUCCCUGGAGAUUUUUUUUUAGCCGUAAGUGCUCAUCUAUAAUAUUAGACUACAUUCCAAGAUGUAAAGAUUUACGCAGUUUAUUUUAACUUGUUCGGAAAGGUCUGUAAAGUGUAUUUCUCUGGCGACUGCAUAAAUAAACGGUCACGAUGUUGACAAUAGACUUUUAUUGAUCUAUAA